GCUGUUCAUUGUGUAUUGCAAACGGCCGGUUCGCCUCAGAUAAUUCGCCUUUACGAAGCGACGCGAACCAAGCGAUACUUGUCAACACUUUCCUCUCACUCCGUCAGAAUCAUCCAUUUAAGAAAACAGUGUUAUACCUCUUAGUUAAAUGCACACGUGGAAGCUUUUGAGAUUAGAAGAGUCAUUAAUUUAAGUGAGCAGCGAGGCUCGGCAGACGUCAGCCUCGGCGAACUGGUCUGUAGCGUACUACGCAGUGCGGAUGCGCGGAGGAGCUGUCGGCGGGGAGGACCCAGAUCCAUUAUUGACGUUAUUCCAGAGAUAUUUCUCUUCAGAGCUGCUGUGCACUACAGAGCAAAGCAUGGGAAGGAGUAUACGUGGUGUCUAUUACGCUGAAAGCCUGGCUGUCUCCACCGAUCAUCGACUUCUGCUGUUUGUUUUCAGGAGGGACUAGCUUCAUCAAGCUAGCACUACAGGCUGCUUAUAGUGGCCCACUACGAACCUCACAGCUAGCAUCCGCUGCAUGCACACUGAGGAAACAUGGUGUACCUGUUAAAUCCUAUAGAGAACCUGAGAAGCUACAUCAACAACCGUCCACCGCUGGUCAUUUUUAUGAUCAGCGUCAGUGCAGUGGCCAUCGCCUUCCUGACCAUCGGUUAUUUCUUCAAGAUUAAGGAGAUCAAGUCUCCGGAGCUGACAGAGGACUGGAACACCUUCUUGCUGCGCUACAAUGAGCUGGACUUUUGUGUGUCAGAGAACGAGACGAUAAAGCACGGUCUGAACGAGUCCACCACACCAGAGAGCAUGGUUGUAACCAGCGGUCAGGCUCGUUCCAGCACCCAGGUCCCCCUCCUAUUGGAGGACUCGGGUCCCAUCAACAUCUCAGUCCCCAUCACUUUAACGCUGGACCCCCAGCGCCCGUUUGGAGGGUACUCUCGCAAUAUCACCCACCUGUAUGCCACAGUGCUGGGACAGCAGGUCGGCCUCUCUGGCCGGGAAGCCCAUGAAGAAAUAAACAUCACGUUCACCCUGCCUGUAUCCUGGAACUCAGAUGACUGCGUGCUGCACGGACACUGCGAGCAGGUGGUGUUCAGCACUUGCAUGACCAUCACGGCGGCCAGCAAUAUCUUCCCAGUCACAGUGCAGCCCCCCCACUGUGUCCCAGAGACGUACACCAACGCCACGUCCUGGUACAAGGUUUUCACCACGGUCCGUGACUCGGAUACCAAGUACAGUCAGGACUACAACCCCUUCUGGUGUUACAAGGGAGCCAUCGGCAAGGUGUACCACGCACUCAACCCAAAGCUAACCGUCAUCGUUCCUGAUGACGACCGCUCCCUCAUCAACCUGCACCUGAUGCACACGAGCUACUUCCUGUUUGUCAUGGUCAUCACUAUGUUCUGCUAUGCAGUCAUAAAGGGACGGCCUGGCAAAGUACGACAAACCAACCCUGACUUCUGUCCUGAGAAGGUACAACAGACACCAGCAGUGCUUUAUGACGUGAACAGGUGGCGUUGUCAGAGGGUUAAAAAGACAUCAGAGAGAUGUGUGAGAACUUACCUGUAACAUGGACAAACUCAAAGAAGCAGAUGAAAUAGAAAAUAAACAUACCAGUUGCCUAGUGAACCUUGGAAACACAAUAAGGGACACAAAAGCUCUGUGAAUGCAUUACUCUUGCAAUGUUGGGUUUCUCCAACCAAAGAUAUACAAGUGCCUGUAUCUGUCAUGUAAAUAUUUCUAGGAACUCUGAUAUUCUGUGCAAAAUCGUCUUUCUUUUUGUUUGAUUAUUAUUUAAUUCUCUUUGCCUGAGUCCCCUCGUGCCAUGUCAGAACAUGCAGUACAUGAAACAAAGCAGAAGGCCAGAUCCAAGAAACACGCAGCCAUUUGUCACCUAAGUCUGUCUCAUUAAUCAAGCAAGAUAAAAAAAAAACACAAAAAAGGAAAAAGAAUAUAAAAGCAGUUUCAGAAACCGUGUACAUGGAUUUAUCUCUGGCUCUGUUGAACCGCCUCUGACUAAUGACUAAAUAUAGCUAGGUUUGGGAGCUGCUUGUAAUCGCAAUUAAGUACUAAAUCAUCAGUAUGCACUUGUCAUUGCAGCCUCAGUGGGGAUAAAAAAAAAUGGAUUUAGCACUUUCCUCUGCCCCCGGACUGAGGAAUGAAAAGUCUGAUCACAAAGCAAACACUUCAUAAAGUAACACUUUCUUUGAGUAACUCGAUUCUGUUCGGUCUUUUCUAAUCAGCAGUCAUGUUCCCCUGUUUGUCUGCAACGUCAACAAGGACAGUGUUUAGUGUUUAGAUGAUUGCACUGUGCACAUUCAUUUGAGGAACACGGCAACAGUAAUUUAAUGAGCUGUUUUUAUCACUCUGUUAGCAGGUCAGUAAUGAUGGCAGUGAGAUGUUUGCAGGGCUGACACACUUCCUGUGAGUUUAUGUUUGACUUUAUUUUGUUCAGAUUCUUUUUUUUUUAACUUUGUCACUUUUAAAAUCGGACUGUGUCUUUUGCUCUCCCUCCUCUACGGCUUCAUCUCUCUUCUUUUAUUGCUGCAUGUUGCGGCAGCAGUUUUGUACUUUUUGCUUCUACACUUUAUUUGCUAUUACGUUCACUUUUUGUAUUCUUUGGUUGCACCUGGAUGAAGCGAAACAUCUUGCCUUACUUCUGGCUGAUUUAUUUGCUUGUAAACAUCGACAGGGAGAUCAGCCCCUUCCUCCUCAGCCAUCCCUCUCUUCUUCUUUCUUCCACUUUAAUGAGCCUGUGUUUGAAAUCAAACUUGUGACCUUCGUCCUGUUAAUGUAAACGUUACAUUUUAGGAUGCAUUUGAAUAAUUUUUGCUUUUCUUUUGAGGAAAUCAUCAUUUGUUUAUUUGUUUGCAUAGUUAGUGCACCUUUAGAUUUCUUGCACAUUUUGUACUGUGAUGAUUUAUUUUUUUGUCCAUGGUCACAUGUAAAAAGUCUGACUUUUAACCAUAUAAACCUUUUAAAGUUGGACUCUUUCUGAAUUAAAUAUGGCUAUAUUGCAGUACAUAAUUAUAUUUAUAUAACUCUGAUAUUAUGUUGAGAUCAUUGUAUUUUCUUAUGAUUUUGUGGUACAACAAAAUGUGCAAAAAGUCACUUGGAGUGAGUUUGUGUGACUGCGUGUGGGAAUUUAGAAGAUAAAUUAAGGCAGCUUUAGACUGACUCUCUUCGCUCUUCUCUCCAGGAGGCUUAACGUGGAUACUGAAAGGAUUCAAGUGAGCCAAAUUUUAUUUCAGUAGAUACAAAACCCCCUCUUACCCUUUCAAAGUUUACUCUAACAUGAAUAGUUCUGACUCUUUGUGCUGUGAUAAAACCGGAGCUUUAAGUCUGAAGAUUAUUCUCCUCCAAAAGUGAACAUCACAGCUUCCUCUGACAAUCAUUGAUCCUAAACACACUGCAGUAGAGAAUGAGAUUGGUAUUAUAAGAUUAAAAUCUGGAGGAAGUCCAGACACAAAUGAAAAUCUGACACACUUUGAGAUUCUGAGUUUUGAAGGAAACGAGAGACCACCAGUCUAACGCUGCUCUUAAUCUCUGUUCUGUGCGACUUCUCCCUGAUAGCAAUUUCUGAUCCGUUUACCUUACCUCUGUGUUUUCAUUCUGUUCCAUGUUUGAUGUACCUGUUGAAUGUAAUUUUUUUAUAAGCAGCAUAAUCGAAAUCUGAGAUGCAAGAAUUCCAAGUGAUUUAACGAUGACGUAGGUUUGUUUUGUUUCCAGUUUAAAGGCUUUACUUGAAAUGUGUUCUUGGUUCGAGUGGUAUUCAUCUAGAGUAAGGUUUAUCCUUUAUGUGGCAGGUAUGAAUCCUCUGUCACAUUAUUGUAUCAACACUUUGUACAUGAUAAUUUGAUGUGUGUGUGUGAGAGUGUGUGCGUGUGAGAUUGAAUGGCGUUUGCUUGAGAUUUUUUUCUCCUGUAUGGACAGAUGCUAGGACAAGUCUUCCUCUUUCUUCUAUGUAUCAUAUAUGAGCAUGGAUCUGUUGCUUUUACUGUCAUCACUGUUUCUCGUGCUCUCGCGCUCAUACUUUUCUUUUAUUAGAAGAUGGCAGCUCUUAUUGGACGGUACGAUGUGACUUGGCGUGGGUGGGGGUUUGGCGGAGUGAAGAUGUGAAUGAAGCAUGCUAUAUGAUUGCCAAACCACCUUGAUUUAUGUCAUUCGCCUGCUUCUGAUCCCUCCUUUCAUCAUUAUUGCUUUCAGUUGAAGUGAGAAUUGCAUCUGUAUAACUGCAAAAAUGCCUUAACAUCGUCCAGUUUGAUUUUCUUUGUUUCACAUAUCACACAUUGUAAACUCCAGAUUAAAAGACACAAAUCCAGACACAGUACUCAUCACUUCUGGGCUCCUCGGAGCUCAAAUGACCAUGCUGCUUGUGAAGUGAACAUUUAGAGAAAUGGGUUUUUAAGGAGCAGAUGCCUGCUGUUCUAGUUUUUUAACUACUCCACUAUAUCACCAAGGACUGGAGUAAAAACACAGGAGCCAUAUCUCCUUAGUUGCAUCAUCUCACGGUGUCGUCGGCUUUGCAUUCAGCAAACAUUUGAGUCUCCAUCAUAAAGCUGCCAUAUCACCUCAUUGUCCUUUCUGUCAUGUUAGUAGCGCUUACAGGCAAGUAUUAAGCCGACUCUGUGCCUUCUGCACUCUCCAGCUGCAUCCUCCUCCCUGUACAUACAGUAGAUAGGACCAUAGAUUAAUGUGGCUAGAACAUCAUUCAGACCCUUUUCCUCUCCAGUGGAACUGCUGUAAAUGAACUCAAGUUUAAAUAAACUGUCUCUAAAGUUCAA